UUUCAGCGGCUCGAAACCUCUGCAACAGACAGAGGGUCUCUUAAUUUAGCUCUUUCUAGAUCCUCAAAACCUCCAUUGUUUCAGCAUCCCUCUCUCUCUCUCUCUGUCUGAAAAGAGACAUAUGGAGUGCAAUAGGAAGAACACAAAAGCAAUGAAAGAGCACAUUACCAAACACUUGAACGCAGUGCUCUUAACAUUGGCAACAUUUGCAGUAAUCUCAGCCAUUUUCAUAGCCAAAGGCUCCAACAGAUCUUCCCUUCUCUACCUCUCCACAUCCCCUAGACUAUGGAUCUCUGGCUUCUCCACUCUUUCUUCUUCAACGCUCGUUACGAGGAGAAACGGGUCACACCCGAAUCAAGAUUGGGGUUCGGGUUUGGGUACCGACCCGGGAUGGAAGAGAGUUGUAAAGGUGGAAAAGCAGCUUGCAAGUGCAAGAGCAUUGAUCAGAGAAGCUCUAUCAAACCCUAAUUCUUCAUCACCACUUAUGGACAAAGAUUACGUUCCUCAUGGCGAAAUCUACAGAAACCCUUAUGCCUUUCACCGAAGUUACCUUCUUAUGGAGAAACUCUUCAAGAUAUACGUGUACGAAGAAGGCGAGCCACCGAUGUUUCACUACGGUCUCUGCAAGAACAUAUACUCCAUGGAAGGAUUGUUCCUCAACUUCAUGGAAAACGACGUCGUUAGGUACAGAACCCUAGAUCCUGAUGAAGCUCACGUCUAUUUCUUGCCUUUCAGUGUCGUCAUGAUCCUUCAGCAUCUCUUCGAUCCGGUUUUUCGUGAUAAGGGUGUUUUGGAACGAGUCAUCGUCGAUUACAUACGGGUCGUUUCGACCAAAUAUCCCUACUGGAACACGAGCGAUGGGUUCGAUCACUUCAUGUUGUCUUGCCAUGACUGGGGUCACAGAGCAUCAUGGUACGUUAAGAAGCUGUUCUUCAAUUCCAUAAGAGUACUGUGCAAUGCCAACAUGUCGGAAUAUUUCAAUCCGGUGAAAGACGCACCGUUUCCUGAAAUCAAUCUUGUAACUGGCGAGAUAACCGACUUAACUGGGGGGUUAGAUCCGGUUAACAGGACAACCCUUGCCUUUUUUGCCGGGAAAUUGCACGGAAAAAUCCGACCGGUUCUUCUAAACCAUUGGAAAGAGAAGGACAGAGACAUUCUGGUUUACGAGAAUCUACCGGACGAGUUAGAUUAUACCGGUAUGAUGAGAAAAAGCCGGUUUUGCAUUUGCCCGAGCGGGCACGAGGUGGCCAGUCCAAGAAUACCGGAGGCAAUUUACGCUGGUUGUGUACCGGUUUUGAUCUCGGAAUACUAUGUUUUACCGUUUAGUGAUGUAUUGGAAUGGGAUAAGUUUUCGGUAUGGGUAUCGGUUAAGGAAAUACCGGAACUGAAGAGGAUAUUGUUGGGUAUACCGGAAGACCGGUAUAGGAGGUUAUACGAGGGAGUGAAGAACGUGCAAAGGCAUUUCUUGGUGAAUGAUCCUCCAAAGAGAUAUGAUGUGUUCAAUAUGAUUAUACAUUCUGUUUGGUUAAGAAGAUUGAAUGUAAAAUUGUUUUGA